UUUUUAAACUGAAAAUAGAAUGAUGAUGAUAUAUGAUGAUGAAUAUAAAAAAUGAUAUUGACAAGUUAUAUGUAUGUUACACAUACAACUUUAUUUAGGUUCAGCAACCGUCAGAUACAGUCACGGGGUUCACGAGAAAGUUGUGGCAAUGCGCUGUGCUGGCGGCGAAUAAAAUCGACACAUACAAUAUAACAUUAAUUCUUUCGAGAGGUUUUUAGAAGCGUCAGCAGGAUUAACAACAAUGUAUGUGUGUAUACUCAAGUGUAGUAAUACUAUAUUAUAAAAAAAAAAAAAAUAAAACGUUUUAUAGUAGUUUGCCGGUUAGUGAACAUCACGAGACAAUUUAAUAUUAUAAAUAAUAAUAAUUUAAAAUUAAAUAAUACAUUUUGACUUUUAACUUUGGACAAUGAUUAAUAUUUGGAUGUGUUAUUUGUGUCUUGUGUCUUGACUUGUCAACAUACUGUGUUAAUAAUUAUUUUUUUUUUUUUUCAACCCUAAUCUGUUGAAAUUAACAGAACGAAGAUUAAUUUGGAAAUAAUUAUUUACAUGAGGACAUCUUCAUCACGUCUGAGACUUGGUCGAUCACCAAGAAAAAAGCUGGAUAAUCUCAACAAUCUUAAUUGAAAAUAAUAAUUUAUUUUUCAUUUUGAUAUAUAAAUUUUAUAAAUAUUCGCAUAAAAUGGAUCGUAAAUCAUCUAUGAAUACCAAGAAAAAGCUUUCUUUUCUUGGCUUUGGUAAAAAACUAUUGACAGAUGGAAAUGGCACAGAAACACCAGAGUUGGACGAAGAGAUGGAGAAAGUCUUUGCAAUGGAUUCUAAAAAAUUCGACGUAGCAAAACUUGGAUCAAUCUCAAAAUCAGCUGGAUCUGAUCGUGAUCGAGGCCCACCACCACGUUAUGGUGAUCACGCUUCUAACCAGCACAGAAAAAAAAGUUAUCCUCAUCCGCACAUGCCACUAAAAAGUUUGCAUAGCCGAUCAAUGCGACGACAUUUAUCACCCGAGGGAUCAGUGACAGAGUUGGAUCAAGUAGAGUCAAAUGUUGGAAAUGGACAAAUUCGUACUGAUAACGAAAUGGAUGUAUUAGACAGCAACGGUACAACAUUUAUAAAUAAUGAAGAAACAAUUGAACAUACACCAUCAACAGAUGAACAAGAAAGUACAACAAUUAAUAGUGAAUUUGAAGCUCAAAUAUCUGAAAGAGCUGCAACUGGUUACAAUGAUAAUACAGUACAAGGAAGUCCAAGAGUACAAUUUGAAAGAAUACAAGAAGAAACCACUGAAUUGGGACAAAUUGAAGAAUUAAUUGCUGAAGAAGAUAAAAAAAUAAGAAGACAUCAUAAACAUGAUCACAAAAGACACCAUCAUAAAUCACGAAAAUAUUCACUUCAAGAAGAUCCACAAUGGAGAAAACGUUCAGGUGCUGGUCUUCCAGAUAUGUCUGGUGCACUUGGAAGAAGAGUAUCUGUUCAGCCAGAUGAAGCAAGUACACUUCAAGAGCUUGAUAUUGAAGAUUUAGAAUCACAUAGAAGUGAUGAUCCAAGAGGUAGAAGAAGACAUAAAAAUUCAUUAAUACAAAUUGGUAGAAAAAAAGAAGGUGGUAUACCACAUGAUGCAUUUAAAAAAAUGUAUGAUCAUUCACCACAUGAGGUAUUUGUACAACUUGAUGAAUUAUUUGGUGUUGGUGAAGAAAGAGAAUGGCGAGAAACAGCAAGAUGGAUAAAAUAUGAAGAAGAUGUUGAAGAGGGUGCUGAUAGAUGGGGUAGACCCCAUGUUGCAUCAUUGAGUUUUCAUUCAUUAUUAAAUCUUCGACGUUGUUUAGAGACUGGUGUUGUUUUACUUGAUUUAGAAGAAAAAGAUGCUGCUGGUUUAUCAUACAGAGUUGUUGAACAAAUGGUUAUUGAAGAACUUAUAUUACCAGAAGAUAGAGCUGUUGUUAUGAGAGCUUUAUUACUUCGUCAUCGACAUGUACAUGAAAAUGAACGUGGUUUUAGAUUUGGUGGAAAAAGAAAUUAUUCAAGCUACACAAGUCUUCAGAAUUUAAAUGAUACAAAGCCAAAAAUAAUUCCAAUGAAUCAAGAUAAUAAUAAUACUACGACAAUUGAUAUGAAAGAAGAAUUAACAUAUACAAGUAGUAGUGAGGAUCUUAAAAAAACUGGACAAAAUGAAUAUAUAUUAAAAAGAAUACCAACUGGUGCUGAAGCAACAGUUGUUCUUGUUGGUGCUGUUGAAUUUUUAGAUCAACCAACAAUAGCAUUUGUUCGUCUUGCUGAGGGUGUAUUAAUGCCAUCAAUAACUGAAGUUACAAUACCAGUUAGAUUUUUAUUUACUUUAUUGGGUCCACGUAAUGCUGAUUUAGAUUAUCAUGAAAUUGGAAGAUCAAUAUCAACAUUAAUGGCUAAUACGUCAUUUCAUAAAAUAGCAUAUAAAGCAAAUGAUAGACAAGAACUAUUAUCAGCAAUUAAUGAAUUUUUAGAUGAUUCAAUUGUUUUACCACCAGGUGAUUGGGAAAGACAUGCAUUAUUACCAUUUGAUGAACUUAAAUCAAAAAGUGAAGCAAUUAGAAAACGUAAAGCAAGUGCAUUAGCUAAAAAUAAAAAAAUUAAUUUAAUACAAACAAAUGAUUUAAGUGCUGCUGCUAUUAAAAAAGCAUUAAUGGCUGGUGAAGAAAAACAAAAACGUGAUGAUCCAUUAAGACGUACUGGUAGACCAUUUGGUGGUUUAAUAAAUGAUAUUAAAAGAAGAUAUGCAUUUUAUGCAUCUGAUUUUACUGAUGGUUUAAAUUCAUCAUGUAUUGCUGCAGCUAUUUUUAUGUAUUUUGCGGCAUUGUGUGCAGCAAUAACAUUUGGAGGACUUAUAAGUGAUAAAACAAAAGAUACAAUUGGCAUAUCAGAAACACUUGUUUCUUGCUCAUUAACUGGUAUUAUAAUGGCACUAUUUUCAACUCAACCACUUGUUAUUAUUGGUACAACUGGACCAUUACUAUUAUUUGAUGAAAGUUUAUAUUCAUUUUGUAAAAGUAAUGAUUUAGAUUUUUUAACAAUGAGAGUUUAUGUUGGUGCAUGGAUGGGAAUAAUAGCAUUAUCAAUAGCAUGUGUUGAAGGAUCAGUACUUGUACGUUUAUUUACAAGAUUUACAGAAGAAAUAUUUACUGGUUUAAUAUCAAUAAUUUAUAUUGUUGAAGCAUUUCAAAAAGUACAAAAAUACUUUCGUUUAAAUCCACUACAUCAUGAAUAUUGUUUUAUACCAGAAUUAACAUCAAUAUAUAAUGAUAAUGAUGAUGAUGAUAAUAUCAAUAAUAAUGCAACUAAUAAUAAAUAUAUUUUAAAUACAAAUAUAACAACAAUACUUAAUAAUGCUGAUAUUGAUAUUAUGAAUUUUAAUAAAACAAAUAUAUGCCAUGGUAAAUUUCUUGAUAGCUAUAAUCAAUUUGGUUUAUUAAUAAAUCAACCAAAUACAGCAUUAAUGUGUACAAUAUUAUGUAUUGGUACAUUUUUGGGUGCAUAUUAUUUGAGAAUAUUUAGAAAUAGUCAUUAUUUAGGAAGAAGUGCAAGACGUGCAUUUGGUGAUUUUGGUGUACCAAUAAGUAUUAUAAUAUUUGUUGUAAUUGAUUUUAUUGCUGAUGUUAAAACUGAAAAAUUAUUAGUACCAGAAGGUUUAACACCAACAAUGUCAAAUAGAAAUUGGUUUGUAUCACCAAAUGGUGAUGGUAAUAAAAAUAUACCAUUUACAAUGGCACUUGGUUGUAUUAUACCAGCUUUUCUUGUUUAUAUAUUAGUAUUUAUGGAAACACAAAUAUCAGAAUUAAUAAUUGAUAAAAAAGAACGUAAAUUAAAAAAAGGUAAUGGUUAUCAUAUGGAUAUUGUUGUUGUUUGUUUAAUGAAUGUUGUAUGUGGAUUAUUUGGUUUUCCAUGGUGUUCAGCAGCAUCAGUUAGAUCAUUAACACAUGUAUCAGCAGUUAUGGUUAUGAGUACAACACAUGCACCUGGUGAAAAACCACAUAUUGUUGAAGUUAAAGAACAACGUGUAUCAGCACUUAUUGUUGCUAUAUUAGUUGGUUUAAGUGUACUUAUGACACCAUUAUUAAAAAAAGUACCAAUGGCUGUAUUAGUUGGUGUAUUUCUUUAUAUGGGUGUAUCAUCAACAAAUGGAGUACAAUUAUUUGAUAGAAUUAAAUUAUUUUUUAUGCCAGUUAAACAUCAUGGUGGUGCAAAUUAUGUUAGACGUGUACAAACAUAUAAAAUGCAUAUAUUUACAUUUAUUCAAAUAUUAUGUCUCAGUGUAUUAUGGAUUGUUAAAAGUACAAGUGUUGCAUUAUCAUUACCAUUUUUUUUAAUUCUUAUGAUACCUUUACGUGCACAAAUGUCAAAAUUUUUUACACCAGCUGAAUUACGUGCACUUGAUAGUAAAGGAUCAGAAAUUGAUACUCAAGAUGAACUUGAUUUUUAUGAAGAAGCUCCAUUACCUGGUUAAGUUUUAAAUAUAUAUUUUAAUUAAUAAUUAUUGUUAGUGUCUUUUUUUUAAAAAAGAUUCUAUACUCAUUUUAAUUAAUUAAUCAAUUAAUAAUUAGUAAUCAAGUUAUUUAAAAAAACUUAGAUAUUACUCUCAGGGUUGCAGAGAUAUUAAAAUGGCUCAAAAUUAUUUAACAUAUAUUUUUGAUUUGAUUUUCUUAUUUUCUGCAUUUUAAUUAAUUAAAUAUUUUUUUCUUUUUUUGUUUAAUUUAAAAUGUCAAUUAAUGAAAAAUAAUUAGACCUAUAUAAAUAGUUUAAAAAAAAAACAUACCUAGUGUACAUAGAUAAAAAAAAAAGUUAUUAAUUUGUUGAAAUUAUUUUCAUUUCAAAUGAAAAAUUAAAAAACAAUACCUUGGUGCUAAUUGUAUAGUACUUUUGUUGAUAAAUAUUUAUUUAUUAUUAUUUAAAAGAAAUGAUAAUAAUAAUAAAUUUAAAAAAUGGUGAUUUGUUGGAUUUGAUGCUACCUCAGCAAUACCUGAUCAGUGUGAUCAAAAAAUUUAAAAUGUUUAUAUAAUCAUAGAUAGCCCUUUAUGCAUGUUGAACAAAAAAAAAUAAUUAAAAAAAAAAAAACAAGAAAAUUUAUU